CCUUCUCCAGCUUUGGUUCUUCCCUUGAGUCCGAUGUUGUCGUGGUAGGGUCUGUCCACCAACUAAGACAAUAAAUUGUAUUAAAAGGUUUUGAGAAUGUUACGUAGCAGGUUAAUAUGUAUGUUUGAUAUCAGUUUGAAUUAUGUGUAACCAUUAGUUUGACUAAAUUUUAAUGAAAACUAUUUUAACACAUUUAGUUAUAUGACAGUUUAAAAGUUGGUAUCAGCCAUUGUAAGAUUUGCGUGUCAGGCAGAAGUUUAAUUAUUUAGCCCUCCCCUCCGUGCAUUAAGAAGCUUUUACUAUGCUUAAGAAGCUAUACUAUUCAAGUGUGUUCACUGCCCUGAUGUUGUUUAUCAUUUUAGAAUUUUAACACACAGGUUCAGUGUCUUAGUUCUGUUCACAUCGCAACUCACAUGUGGAGACUCAACUGGUAGCCUUGUCCUUUACAUGAAAUUGAAUCCGUCACUAGGCUACCCUUUCUGCUUCAUACUCCUAUGCCAUUUCAAGCUGUAAAUCCAUCUUUUGAUGUGUGUAUUUGAAGCUGUUGUCAAGAAUCAUGUUAUUGGAUGAGGAGGUCCAUAACUUGGAAUCAUCAAAAGUUCUCAAUUUUUCAGAAUGUCAGAGGCGGCAGGUGGCUUUAGUGAGGGAGAUGCUUCUCCCCAGCCGUUAAGUCUGGGUGUGAUCGGCACUCGUCUAGCACAGCGGUACCAGGGAUUUUUGGAUAAAUCCACCCCUCACAUUUUGAUUAGGUGGGGGAUUACUGUCUUGUUAUCAAUGCUUUUCUUGCUACGAAUCUUCCUCCUACAGGGAUGGUAUAUAGUAACAUAUGCUCUAGGAAUCUAUCAUCUCAAUCUUCUUGUGGCCUUCCUGUCUCCCAAAAUUGAACCAUCAUUGAUGGAGGAUUCUGGUGAUGAGAUGACCUUGCCAACUCGACAUAAUGAGGAAUUUCGACCCUUCAUCCGUCGUCUACCAGAGUUCAAAUUCUGGUACUCUGCAACAAAAGCCACCCUGGUUGCCAUGGUGAUGACUUUUUUUGACAUGUUCAACAUUCCAGUGUUCUGGCCAAUCUUAGUGUUGUACUUCAUUAUGCUUUCGUGCAUGACCAUGAAAAGACAGAUUCGGCACAUGAUCAAGUUCCGGUACGUGCCGUUCACUCAUGGCAAGACUCGCUACCGUGGCAAGGAUGAUACUGGCAAAGUCUUUGUCAGCUGAAUCGCUGGAUACCAGACAACAAAUUGUUGUUAAUUCUAAAAAGUACCCUUAAAAAGACGAUGUAAAUAAUAUGUGAGUUGUCUUUGUAUAAAUUUAAGUACAUUUCCUCAAUUUAAUGUCACGGUGUUAAAGCCCACUGAUGCAAACAUUGGUUAAUAAAUCAGGCAAACCUGGGGUGCUAAAAACAUUUAAACAACUGUAAUUAACCAUUGAGUGGAUGUAAAUAUUUCAAAUAAAUGAAUGAAU